AUGAACUCGCACGCAGCCGACUCGUACUGGUCAUUCCAGGCCGCAGUCGACGACACCGACGCCGCUUCAGGCGCAGGAGGGUACUCGCCUGCGCCCACUGCCCUCGCAGGGGCUGCCGGUCCCCAGGCCCGCCCGCUCCACAGGACAGUCAGCGAGGAGGUCCAGCAGGCGCUCGGCCAGAGCUUGGGCAUGUCGAGCGCCGGAGGAGGAGCAGGACCAGGCGUCGGAACGGGCAGGCAGGGCGGGCAGUCGUCGUACGGCGGGUUCGACCCGAUGGACCACGCACGCUUGAGCCCGUCUGCGUUCGACCCGAGCAACUUUUCCAGACAGUUCACCAUGCCCAAGUUUGCGAGCGGCGGGCCGUCGGAUCCGUUUGGUCUCGGUGUGGGAAUUACAGACCCCCCGAGCGGAAACCCCGGAGACGCCAUCUCGCCGAUGCCGUUCGACUUCAACUUGGGCGGACCGCAAACUCCUCGCUUCGACGGACUCGCCUCGGCCUCUCCCUUCUACUCGUCGAACACCCAGGCUUUCUCGGCGUCCAUCGCGCCGCAACAGCAGCCCCAGCAGUACCAACAGCCCCAGCAGCCUCAGCAGCCCCAGCAACAGACGCUUUCCCCGGCCAGCUACGGCGGACAGACCUCGCUCAAUGCCGUCGCUUCGACGUCUCACGUCCCGUACGCUCCCGCUCAGCCACGGUCACAGCAGCCUUCCAUGUCUCGCUCGCUCGCCGUCUCUCCCCCCUCCGUUCCCGCAACCACCCUCGCUGCAUCCGUCGCCUCCGCCUCCUCCGCCCUCCGAAUCCCAACAACAGCCGAAAUCGAAUCUCCCAUCUACGCGCCGUACGGUUCCUCCGUCAUCAGUAUCAACUCAACCCCGAACGCGGCGUACAAGCUCCCCUCCCUCGCGAUGAACCUCCCGCCUUCCCAGCCUCCAACUGUCCCUUUCAACCCGACUGCGAUGGGCCUUCCGGCGCCACCCCCUCAAGGGUCGAGUAGUAACUUCGCCGGGCUGUACUCGUCAAGCGGUUUCGAUAUGCUCGGCGUCCUUGCACGAGUCGCGGCUCGACCGAACCCCCAGAUUCAUAUCGGCCCCGUCGACUCAUCCUGCGCCUUCGCCGUCGUCGACGCCCGAAGAUGGGACCAACCACUCGUCUUUGUCAGCGACACGUUCGUCAAGAUGACCGGCUACACGAACGAGGAGAUCAUCGGGAGGAAUUGUAGGUUUUUGCAGACGCCUGGAGGGGGGACGGUGCAGGGUGCGCCGAGGAAGUAUACGGAUGGGAAUGCGGCGUGGCAUAUGCGACAGCAUAUCCAGGCGGGCAAGGAGAGCCAGUCGAGCUUGAUCAACUACACCAAGGCUGGCCGGCCGUUCAUCAACCUCGUCACGAUCAUCCCGAUCUGCUGGGACACGGAAGAGAUCGCCUACUUUGUCGGCUUCCAAGUCGACCUCGUCGACCAGCCGAACGCCAUCCUCGACCGCAUGCGCGACGGGACCUACGUCGUCAACUACUCGCUCGUCGGGAACGCCUACAACAACGCCAUCAUCCGCAACCCGUCGAUGAUCACUUCGACGACCGACACGAGCGACUCGCAGAAGACGGUGUCGAUGCAGACGAUCGAGGCGGGCGCGUUUGUGGAUGGGUUGGACGAGUGGGCGAUGGCGGACGAUCAGGACGAGUCGCCGCCUGUGCCGCAGCAGCCUCAGCCGCAGCAGCAGCAGGUCCAGCAGAACGGCGCGCGCAGGAACGGCGGCUCGAUCUCGGCCUCGACGACCUCGGCGUCGUACACCAAGCCCUCGCCCGGCGCGCAGAUGGGCGGCGCAGGCGGCGAGCCGUCGAUGCGGACCGACGACGAGUUGCUCGACAUCGUUGCCUCGCGCGGGAUCGGCUCGCUCGACCUCGAAGUCGACAAGCGGGCGUUCCACAAGCUCCUCCUCGGGCAGGCGGACGACUUUGUCCACGUCCUCAGUCUCAAGGGUUCGCUCUUGUACUGCUCGCCGGCUGUCGCCAAGGUGCUCGAGUACGAAGCGAGCGAGCUCGUCGGCGCGACGCUGUCGUCCCUCUGCCAUCCCUCGGACGUCGUACCCGUCAUGCGCCAGCUCAAGGACGCCUCGUCGAUCCAGAACCCGCACGUCAAGCUCCUCUACCGCAUUCGCCGCAAGCACUCGGGAUACGUCUGGAUCGAGGCGACUGGCAAGCUGCACAUCGAGCCGGGCAAGGGUCGCAAGUGUGUGAUUGCUGUGGCGAGACCGCGCGAUGUCCUCCAGAUGAACUGGAACGAGCUCAGGCAGAACGGCGGGUUGGGCGACACCGAGUUUUGGGUCAAGAUCAACCCGAGGGGAACCCUCCUCACCGCGACGCUCGGCACGCAGGCCGUCUUGGGUUACCUGCCGAACGACCUUGUCGGCACCUCGCUCUUCGACAUCGCCCUCCCCGAGUACCGCCAGAGUCUCGAGGCGACGAUCCAGCAGGCGCAGCUCGGCGUUCCCGCCAGUUUGCAGUACAAGGUCAAGACGAGGCGUGGAGUCGUCGACGUCGUCACGAAGUUCUACCCUCGCCACCCCGAGCCUCUCGACCCGAGUAUCCCGCAGAUCGCCUCUGGCCCGUCGCACAUCGCCCUUAUCGCGCAGACGAACGAGCUCAGCUCGGAAGAGCGCAAGCACAAGGGUCCCUUCGGGCUCAACGCGCCCGUCUACUCGUCGCCGGCCGGCCGCUCGCCCGCCAUUUCGGACGUCGAGUCGAGCGCGUCCGGCAGCGGCAGCAGCAGUCGCGAGAGCAGCGCCGGCGCGUUCCAGAGCACGUUCAAGACUCUCACGCACCCGAGCGCGGUCAGCGACAACGUCUUUGACGAACUCGAGACGCGGCGGCCGACCAGCUGGCAGUUUGAGCUCCACCAGCUCCAAAACCUCAACAAGAAGCUACGCGACGAGAAGGAGUACCUUCUCGCCCGUCGUCGCAAGCGCGGUAGCGUCUAUUCGGAAAAGUCGCGCAAGGCUUCGUCCGACUCGGGCUCCAAGGCGUCGUCCUCCAACACCGGCCGCAUCUGCCAGAACUGCGGUCGUACGGACUCUCCCGAGUGGCGCUCGGGACCGAAUGGCAACAAGACGCUCUGCAACGCGUGCGGUCUCCGCUGGGCCAAGUCGCAGAAGCAGGCUGCGGGCGGUUCGGGCGGCAGCAUCAACCCCCAGAGCUUCUCGUCGGCCAUGUCGUUCACGUCGAACGGCUCGAGUGGCAGCGGCUCGCCGACCGGCGGCCUCGGCUCGUCCUUCCAGCCCAUGACCAUCUCGCCCUCGCACUCGAACAUGCAGUCGCCCCAGCACUCGUUCAGCGGGUCGAUGCCCAAGCUCGAGGAAGACUUGACGUCUGCUUGGGCGCAACAGCUAUAA